CUUCCGCUUGAUUCCCCCGCUGCGGGUUUGAGGUGUGUUUGUGGAGAAGGACAGCAGAGGAAGAGGAGCCGCCUGGCUUCUCAUGCAGACAGCAUCGAGCUCCUGUGAUGGCGAAGUGGUUGCAGUUCUGUUGAAGGAUCAUGAGGACUCGAAACGUCAACUGCGCUUUUCUCCGCCGAUGCUGCCAGACCUGCUGACUUUUUCCAGGUCUCAAGAGGGCAAAGAGGGGACACAUGCCGCACCAGCCCUUCUGGAUGCAUGGUCUCCUGGAAUAUAAUGGAAUGCAACAUAAUGUAAAACAAAAUACAAUGGUAAAUGAUUGGCUCCAGCCUACCAAAAUUGAGUGAACCUGUAGCAUAUUUGCAGCCUGGGAAGAUUAUAUAUUGAGUUUUUUUUUGUAAAGAUGGUUCUACGUGAAUCUCCUUUCCCCAAUGCCUGUGUCCAUGGUUUGCACACUGCAGCCUGGGGCCUGAUCUUCCCCUGUUUCUGGUCGCUGGAUCACAUGGUGGCUUCUUUUAAGCCAACAACCUACGAGCAGCUACAAAAACAAGAGCAAGAGUGCUACCUUUGGCCAGUGAAGGUAUUCUUCAGAUUUCUUCUGUGUCUGAUUCUGUUGGCAAUUUCUGUGCCAUUGGCACUAGUUGGAUUCAUCAUCUGGGUGCCUCUACAAGCAGUGAGAAGGCCCUUUAGUUACUCCUGUGAGAAAAACCCACAAAUAGACAUCCAGAAGGAAUGGACUGGAUACGGAGAGGGGAAAGGGUUUAGCUUUGUGGAGGCGAACUUGUGCUUCCUGCCCAAUUCUUUGGCCCGCUUUAACAACCUGUCUCAGACCCAAAGGAGAGCUGCUCGGAUUGCCUCCCAUAUCUGUGACUCUGUCAACCGGCCAAGGAUUAAAGUUUGCGUGGACUCUCCAACAAGCAUGACUGCAAGUUCGCAGAGCAGAAAUAGCCCCUUAGCUGCCAUCAAACAAGAAUUCAACUCUUAUGGCGCGACUAAAUCACAUGGACCUGGAGGGUCAAUUCUGGCAGUGAACAACCUACACUACAUCGAUAGUUCCGAGGAGAGCAGCGAAGUUGAGAAUGUGCAUGAGAGCUUGGGUGCAAGUCAAACCAACAAGGACCCUUCGGAUCUUACAGUGAUAGAAGAAAGCAACCCAUUAACUAUCACAGACGAGAUACCAGCUGACCAGCCCAGUGGACAGCAAGCUCCAUCUCCCACCUCUCUGAAGAGCCAAGGUAGGCCUCGGAAAAACCGAAACAGGAAAGACGAUGACCCACCUGCGGAAAUAUCUCCACUCUUUCCUGCCGACGUGGCCUUUGUCUGUCUCCUGGAAGUGUUUGAGAAACGGGCGGCAGCCAAGCUAAAGGAGCUCCUUCAGCCAGCUUUCGGACACAUUCUUUAUGAUGUUGGUGUGUACGGCUUCCAUGGCUGUUGUGAAUUUAAAUUCCUCAAUAGCGGUAUCUUCUUUGCCAGCCGAUAUCCCAUCUUAGAUGCCAAGUUCUACUGUUUCUCCAGGACCCGAGGUGAAGAUGCCUUGGCUGCUAAAGGUCUCCUGUGUGUUAAGGUCCAAGUUGGUUUGACUCAGAAAGGUCAGCAGAUUGUGGGAUAUCUCAGCUGCACUCACCUGCACGCCACCGCAGAGGAUUGUCACAUUCGCCAAGGCCAGCUCAGUCACAUGGUGGUGUGGAUCAGCGAGUUCCAGGGUACAUCCAGGAGUGAGGAUGAGAAAGUCGUGUUCGACGUUCUUUGUGGGGAUUUCAACUUUGACAACAGCUCACUGGAAGACCAAUUGGAACAGCAGCAUCAGAUACUCAAAAUGUAUAAAGAUCCCUGCUGUAUUGGACCAGGCAAAGAGAAGCCUGGGGUCAUAGGUACACUGUUAGAACAAAGAACCAUGUAUGAAGGCCCAGUGAUGAACCCAGAAAACUUGCAGCGGGCCUUAGAGAUUGAUGAAUUAAGGAAACAAUACCUGGCGUUCCCCAUGAACCCUGCUAUGAACAACGCUGACAGCACAGAGACCAGAAAUGUUGGAGGUGGACGAAGGAUCGAUUACUUGCUGUAUCGGGAAGACACUGUUGCAAAGGAAGUGACUACUGAACUGGAGGAGUUCACCUUUAUCACCCAGCUGGCUGGACUGACUGACCACCUUCCUGUCGGAAUGAGACUCUUCAUUUCAAUGGCACCAGAGGGAGAUGAUGCAAGCCAUGACUUAGAUGAUGAACUUUGAGCACUCCUCUCCCCACCCCACCCCCACCCCCCCUCAAGUCACUACUCCUUGCCACUCCCUCAGAAAAAAGGACUGACUGGGAUAAGUGCCAAAAGCUUCAGAAAGUGUGCAGAUGAAAUAAUCUUUGAUCUGAUAUUUUUUACAAAUGUAAAUAGAUUAAAAAUGAAAUGCUAACA